GGAGGUGCGGGGCCGGCGCCGAGUCCCCCCGCGCGCCCCUCUCUCGACCGCGUGGCUCAGUCGCGACCGAAACGCCGUACGGGGAAGUGUCGUCGAUCCCCACAAACAUAUCUACUUUUUUCGAAGUUUUCUGUACAGUUUUGUUUUAAAGUUUUGCAAGGAAGUUUUUAUGUGACCAGUCUUUUAUCCUGUCGAACUAGAAGGUUAAGAGACUGCGCUCGACGGUGUAGUUUCUUGAGUUCAUACGUUUAUUGUGUUUUUUUGUUAUUGUUAAGUUUUUUGUUUGGUGCAUCGUGCCGGUCCGGAGACCGGCGGGUCCCUUCGAGGCAUCAAGCCUGGACGCGCGGCUUACAGACCCCAGAGGACAAAGCCUUUAGGGCGUGUAGUUGUGGUGGUCGGUGCGAGCGGUUCCCGCUCCAACCGUCAAGCUGGCAGCGAGUGCGUUGAGCAUGAACCCGCACUACCACGGGUACGCGGAGCUCAGCUCGCCACACCCGCCCUCGCCGGAGGCGGCAUUCGCUGCCAAUGGCCACGACUACCCUCACAACAACAACAACCCGGCACUCAAGGAAUGCGCGGGCUGCAACGGCAAGAUAGUGGAAAGGUUCCUCCUGCACGCCCUCGAUAGAUACUGGCACCACGGCUGCCUCAAGUGUGCCUGCUGCGGGCAGGCCCUCGCGGACAUGGGCCGCUCCUUCUACUUCAAAGGCGGAAUGAUAUUAUGCAAAAGCGAUUACACAAGAAUGUUCGGCUCAGGGGGCGCGUGCGCAGGGUGUGGGCAAGCGAUCCCUGCCAGCGAGUUCGUGAUGAGGACGAAUGGUCCACAGCAGCCGCUCCACGUGUUCCACAUAAAGUGCUUCGCCUGCUCCAAAUGUGGAUCUCACCUUAUGCAAGGCGAUAGGUAUUACAUGCUCUCGGGCACACCAGUGUGCGAGCAGGAUUGGCAGAAGCUGAUGAAGGGCGCGAACGCGACGGGGGUGCCCGGCGCGCCCACGCGCAAGAACAAAGUCGGGCGCCCGCGCCGCUCGCGCGAAUGAGCACCACCUGCGCGCGCGCAAGCGCCACAACACUCGCAUAAAGACUAUGAGGAGAUGAUGUCGUGUUCGUUCUUGAGUGCGGCGGGUAUGGCUCCGGAGAGUUCAGGCGCAGCGUGCUGGACUCCGCCGUCGAUGUCGUGUCUGCCGGGCAUGGAGGGCCCAUCGAGUAUGAUGCCGCCGUACGUCCGCCCGCCCAGCUUGCUGAGCCUGCCGUGCAUGCCCGCGCCGCCCACGUUCGCGCCGGCCGCAGCGGGCGCUCCGGGCCCCUCGCACGAGCCAGCCCUCGACCUGACGAAGCCGUCGUCAUCCCUCAAGUGUCAUCUCCCGUCUCCGGCCAGCGACGGCGAGACAGAGUGACAGUGUUGUGCCACAGACGAUUUAUUGAACUUGCGACAUGAUAAAAUUAUUACUGGCAGCGCGGACGUCAGUAACAAUUUAACCAUUGUCAGUGAACUGUUAAGUUAUACGUUAGUACCUACUACAUAUUUAAUUUCGGUUGUGAAAAUGGCAAUUUAUAUAACUUUAACUUGCUAUAUGUAAAUUUCCAUUAAAUUACUGAUACUUAAGAGUUGAACAGAACGAAAUGUGUUAAACACAACGGUGUUGUUUCUAUUUUAAAUUAAAGUGAUAAUGGAUUGUGGACGUGGAAAGAUCAAGCAUAUCUUAAUGUUAAAAAACUAUUGUUUUUCAAUCACUUUUUGAUUUUUACGUUUUUAAUUAAUUUAUCGAACAAAUUGUCAAUGCGACUGCGUUAUAUUGUGAAUACUGUUACGUUCGCGGUUCGCAUUGUCUAUCGAAACAACAAAGAACAUGCAUUUUAUCCAAUAACUUUAAUAUAACGAACAAUUAAAACGUUAACUCGAGAAUACUUCAUACCAUUUGAUGUUAGUAACAAAAAUAGGAGAAGCGAAUAAGGGGGCAAUAUGUAGUAAAACUUUAAAUGUAAACUACAAUCUAUUCAAAUCCAGAUCUUCCAAUAACUUUUAUAUUUCAUUAACUCAAUGUGAAUCAAAUGCCUAGAAACCAUAACUUAGCCCAUAACUUGUAAUCUUGUGAACCAUUGUCGAAUCUUGCCAGAGAAAUGUACUUUUAACUAUAAUUUUAGAUACCUACUGCUACAAUACAUACAUAGAUACUUAUAUAUCGCAAUAACUGUGUUUCUUGCACAUGUAUUCUGUGAUUUGCAAACUUGCUGUGUAAAUAGUUCUCUCGACUUUUGUUAUUUCUUUAUAAACGAGCUGUAAAUCAAAUGUCUCGUUAUUUACGUUUAUAUUGUAAAUAUUAGUAUAAACAUUAUAGAUAUAAGUAGACACAUCUUGUACCUAAGCGCAAGGGCCUACUAGGCAAUUUUUCCAACGUCGAAAGUCCGAUUCGUGAUACCGAAGUAAAAUUUUGUUCAGCUUAAAUGUAAUGGGCAGUAAAAAUCCCAUUGCCACAUUGCUUUUAUAUUACGAAUCGGAAAACUUUCUUCGUCAGAAAUUGUCUAACGUUUUUGGCGCUGAACUUCUUAGCAAUAAUUUUGAUGCCAACAUCUUCGAAGUUUAAAAUUCAAGUUACUAACGGUCUCUGUAUAUAUUGAUCUACGUUUUACCAGUUGUUCGAAUCGAUAUUUAAAUGUAUACAGUUAUUGUAUAUAAAUACCCUUAAACGCUAACAUUCCUUUAUAUGUGUACCUAAGAGUUAAAUGUUGCAUCUCAUAUUGACGGAAUAAACCAAUGAAAAUACUUAAUAAAUGUAUGCCAUAACCGUUUUUGUAUUUUCAAUAAGAACCCUUUGCAAAGACUUCAAUGAAAAUAGUAAAAAGGUAUGAAUUAUGUCAUUCUAAAUAUGUUAUACUGUAUAAAUCAAACAUUGGUUUAUCUCGUCAUAAAGUAACUCCGUAUAUAACUAUAGAAUAUCUGUUCCAUAGUUUACGCUCGCUGUUCAUUCAGUCUAGUAUAUUUAUUCUUUAAUAUCAAGGACAUUAGUGAAAUUCGUCGGUCGUAAAAUAAUUUCCUUUUAUUCGGAAUCAUUAGAACAUAAUAAAUAUGUGGUUAGAUAAUGAAACUGAUGGUGGCCGGCAUACAAUAUAAUGUUAGCGUUUAGUGAAUCUUGCCAUCUAAAGAUAUGUUUAAUUUACGGGAAUUGCCACAGGUUUUGUGUUUUAAAAUACAUAAUAGAAUAAUAAAUAAAUCCUGUAUAAUAUUUAUAAACACGGAAACAUCAAGAAAUAUAUCUUGUAUAACUAAUAAACUAUCAGAUUCCAAAUUCAUUACGAAAUUUUUCUUCAUUAACACCUGGUGGACUUAAAGCUACGCCAACGCCAUCUCUGAAUUGAAACCCGAAGCCUGUGGUAGUUUGUUUGAGCGACAGUUAUGGUGUUACCAGUACACAAAGAAAGAACAUACAUACCUAGCCUAAGAGAGCCGGUGACAGGAGGAGAAAAUAAAAAUUUUGUAAAUUA